GUGCGUUGAGAGGCUGCGCUUACAGGGGCAAGUGAAGCGCCUGAGUCGACCUGUGGAGUCGACUUGUGCCAACAAACAGUGCAUGUUAGUUAAUGACUACCUCCAUGAUGUAGAGUGUGUUUUCCCGUACGGGGGAGGGGACUUGAGACAUCGUGUCUCGUUCCUGGUGCGUGACGAGCUCCCAAUGGACAUGUUACUAGGUAUGUACUACCUCUCUGUAGCACAGCCCCAGUUUGAUUGUAACCGAAAAGUGGUCAAACACACGUUGCCAGGUGGAGGGACCGCCAGAUUACAUAAGUUCAAAGCUAGUAGUCUGAUUGAGUCCUAUGGGUGCAUGUGUGCAGCCGCGUUCUAUAAUUAUUAUAAGCAAAAUCAGGAGGAGGGUAUGUACUUAGUCUAUGUCUCUGCUGCAGGCGAGCCGGUGAAAAUGCCGCCAAAGAUAGAGGGAGUAGUUGCUAAGUACCCUGAUCUAUUGGAAGAGCCGACAGAGGUUGUCCACGCGAUACAGAUUGUCCCAGGGUCUAGUAUUUCAAGGGGUACGAUCUAUCGGAUGUCUCCAGGCGAGCUUGAUGAGCUUCGCCGCCAACUCAAGGAACUCGUAGAGAAGGGCUGGAUCCGGCCGAGUGUCUCUCCUUAUGGGUCUCCAGUUUUAUUCGUGCCUAAGAAUGAGGGAACCCUUAAGAUGUGCAUUGACUAUAAGGGCCUCAAUGCCAUCACUGUCAAGAACAGAGAGCCCCUACCGUGCAUCGACGAUCUGCUAGAUAGAGUGCAAGGGUGUCAGUACUUCAGCAAGAUAGAUCUGAAGUCCGAGUACCAUCAGAUUGCCAUACGGCCCGAGGAUCAACACAAAACCGCUUUUCAUACCAGGUACGGUCUCUACGAGUUUGUGGUGAUGCCUUUUGGCCUUUGCAAUGUUCCUGGCACCUUUCAGCACGCUAUGAAUCGGAUAUUCCAUGACUACUUGGAUAAGUUUGUCAUUUUGUACCUCGAUGACAUACUUAUUUUCAGUAAGGCUGUCGAGGAACAUGUGGCACAUUUGGACAAAGUCCUCGGCCUCCUGCGACAACACAAGUUCAAGAUCAACGGGGAGAAGUUGGAGUUUGGCCGCACCCGUGUCUUGUACUUGGGUCAUGAGAUUUUCGCGGAGGGAUUGAAGCCCGAUGACGCAAAGGUGGCCAGCAUUCGUGAUUGGCCACGUCCUCAGUCUGUGACUGAGAUGAGAUCUUUCUUAGGAAUGACAGGCUACUAUAGGACUUUCGUUAAGAACUACAGCAUAGUGGCCGCUCCUUUGACUGAUCUGACCCGCCUUGACACCCCUUGGGAGUGGACAGAUAAGUGCGAGGCUGCUUUCAGACAUCUGAAGCAUGCACUGACGCACUAUAAAGUCUUGAAACUUCCUGAUCCUGACAAGCCGUUUAUAGUCACAACGGAUGCCGGCCAAUAUGGCAUUGGCGCCGUGCUUGCGCAGCAGGAGGGGCCAAAGUUGAGGCCAGUAGACUACAUGUCCAAGAAAAUGUCGUCUCAGAAGUUGGCUAAGUCCACUUAUGAGAAGGAACUCUAUGCGGUGUACAAGGCUCUCACCCACUGGAGACACUAUCUCCUUGGGCGGUUUUUCAUCCUCCGGACUGAUCAUCAGACUCUGAGAUGGAUGAGAACACAACCGGUACUCUCAGAUGCUCUCAAGCGUUGGAUCGAAGUCAUUGAGCAAUAUGACUUUGACCCUCAGUAUCUCAAAGGGGAAUACAACAAGGUUGUUGAUGCCUUGUCGCGCAGACCAGACUUCUCAGGUGCGCUGAUUACUGAGUUCGAUCUGACGGACGAUGUUACUCGUUCUUUGGUGGAAGACUAUCGUCAGGACCAGUUUAUGUCUGAGAUCAUACGCAGACUUGAGGCGAAGGAUAAAAAGACCUCCGCCGAGUUUGAGUUGGUCAAUGGAUUGCUGUUCCUAGAGAAGGCAGGGAAUAAACGCUUGUGUGUUCCAAAUAGCGAGUCUUUGCGUAGUUUGUUUUUAGGUGAGUGUCAUGAUGCCACCGGCCAUUUUGGUUACAAGAAGACCGCAGCCAACUUGCUGCAGCGGUUCUGGUGGCCCACAAUGAUGAAAGAUGCACAGCUGUACGUGGAAACUUGUCAAGUAUGCCAAAGAGACAAACCCCGUACUCAGGCUCCUCUUGGGCUGCUCAAACCCCUUCCGAUUCCGGAAAGGCCAGGUGAAAGUUUGUCCAUGGACUUCAUGGAUACGCUGGUCACCAGCAAGAGUGGGAUGAGACAGAUCUUUGUCAUCGUGGAUAGGUUUAGUAAGUUUGCUAGAUUAAUAGCUAUGCCAGAAACAGCGAAGACCACGUACGAGAUCAGGUUAUUUAAAGAGAACUGGGUCAAAGACUUUGGACUGCCAAAGUCAAUAGUCAGUGACAGGGACGUCAGGUUCACGAGUGAAUUGUGGAAGGCCUCUGCAGCUGAACCAGGAACUCAACUGCAGAUGACUUCUAGAAAUCAUCCAGAAGCUAAUGGCCAGGCUGAACAAAUGAACCGCGCUGUGCAACACCUGUUGAGGCACUACAUCAAGCCCAAUCAGGUAGACUGGGACGAAAAGCUUGCUCUAGUCGCCAGUCUAUAUAACAACGCUGUACACAGUGCUACCGGGACGAGCCCUAACAGUCUACAACUGACAUUCAAGCGUAGACUGCCCUUAGACUUCCUACUUCCAGACAACCAGCCAACUUCUACACCGGGCACUUUGGAGUUCGCCUAUAGAUAUGAACAAAAGAUGCAGGAGGCUGUAGAACACAUGCAGAAGGCACAGGCAGCAACGAUAGAGUAUGAGAAUACUCACCGCCGCCCUUCUACAUUUCAGGUUCGGGACAGAGUCUGGGUCAAGUCUUCAGAACUGGGACAGGAGUUCGGGAUAUCCCGCAAACUCAUGCCUCAGUACUUUGGGCCUUGGGAAGUUCUAGACGUAGUAGGGACAGAUCCUGAUGGUCCGUCAUAUGUCAUUUGUAUCCCUGGUCAUCUCCAAACUCACCCUGUCUUUCACACCUCUAAGCUCGCUGCCCCCAACCAUGGACGGAGAAGUCGACAUCAAUGAUAUCGUCGACCACAGGGAGAUGCCCGUUCAGAAGCCUCCAGGAAGGGGACGUCCUCCAAAGCCAAAACUGCAGUUUCGUGUCC